AUGAAUAACUCGUCUAUACCACAACUCCCUUAAGCUUCUAUCUAUGAACCAACAAUAUCAAUUUAAAAAAUUUAGCCACAUUAUCGAUUUGAUUCUAAUAAUAUGCCUAGAAUUUAAUGUUAUUAUCAUUAAGACAAUCCAAAUAAUUACAUCAAAUACUUUUGCAGAUAACCUGAAUGUUUAAUGCCAUUAUGUGAUAAAUGUGUUUAGCAGCAUUUAACUUAAUAUCAUACUUAAACAUAAAGUAAUUUCCUAUUUAAUAAACUUUAGGUAAUAUUAUACCUUUUGAAACCAUACUUUCAGAAAUUUAUUAAAAUUUAGCUGCAGAUUGUAAUGAAAUGUGUGAUCAAAUAAAUAAAAUUUAAUAAUUAUCAGAAAGAACAACUACUGAUAAAUUAGUUGGAAAGAAAUCAUUAUAUACAAAUCCAACUAAAUUAAUAGAAUCUGCAAGAGAUUAAGUUAUAGCAAUUGUUAAUAAUUAUUUUGAAACUUUAAAAACUUAUCUUCUAACAUAAAUUGAAGAACCUUUACCUGAUAUUAAUGUUAAACCUGCUAUAAAAGAUUUAAAAUUAAAAUGGGAAUAAAAUAUCAAAGAUCUAGAAUCCAUAAAUAAUCCAGUAGCAUCAAUUGAAAAAGUAAUUGAAUACUGUGAAGAAGAAUUAAGAAAAAAAAAUGAUACCAUUUUGAAUGAAGCAGAAAAAUUAAUCAAAAUGCUUGAAACAUCAACACCUCAAUAUAGACAAUAUGGAGUGGAUAUUCCUCAAUUAUUUGUCGAUCCAUCAUUUUUACCAAGAUUUUUAUGGGUCUUAGAGAGAUAUGCCUUUUUCAAUCUUCAACCUUUAGAACCAGAAGUUCUUCCUCCUCCAAGAAUUAUUGAACCAAUGCCAGUUUAUGAUAUUCCACCUCCACCAAGAUAUUAUGAUCCAUAUCCCCCUGUUGAUUAAGUUGUUUAUAGAGAUCCAAUUGUUAUUAGGGAACCUGUAUUUAGAGAUAGUUUAAUCAGAGAAAAUGAAUAUCCAGAAGAAAUGGAUGAUGCAAAUCGUUAACGAAGAUAUAGAGGAAGAUAAUAAUAAUACGAUUAUUUUCCUGAUAAUGAAAAUGAUGCCUUUUUCAUGAAGAGUGUGUCAAAGGAAAAAGAAAAAAAGAGAAAAUCAAAAGUUGAAGAAUCUCCAAAACCAGUAUACAAAAUAACUGAAUAAUAUGAAUCACAGAAAAAAAAAAAAACUAACAAAUCAAAAGGUCCAAAAGAAAUACUAAUUAAUCAUAAUGUUUCAACUACCUAAUUACCAUAAUAAUAAUAGUAUUAGACUAUAUAAGCAUCAACUUAUUAAGUUUAACCUACUUAUUAACCUCUAUAAACAGCAAAUAUCUUAUUGCAAACCAAUACCUAAAUUGACUAGUCUCAAAAAGCACCUUCUGGGAUGACAAAAUCAAAAAUUACAAACUAAGCCUAUAAAAACAUAUGA